UAAUCUGUUAAGGUCAUUUUGAAGUGUGAUCCUGUCCUCUGGGGUAUUAGCCACCGCUCCCAAUUUGGUGUCAUCUGCAAACUUGAUCAGGAUGCCCUCAAGCCCAGCAUCAGGACUACUUCCUUAUGUAAUAAAUCAUAAGGACUACUUCCUACUCAAGAAAAAAAAGGCAAAUUCUGACUUAGGUAUCAGAAUUUUGCAAAGGUAAAGGGAACAAGCUUAUUUAGAUUCUCACCCUCAAUUUUAUUUCCGUUCCCCACCACCAUACUCAUUCUCCCACCUCUCCCUCUCACAUCUCUGAAGGAUAGCUCAGUCGGUAAAAGCACGAGACUUUUCAUCUCGGCGAGGUUGCGGGUUCGAUUCCUGUACCGCAGGGGGUCGGACUACAUGACCCUUGGGUGGGGUCCCCCCUCCAACUCUACACUUCCAAUGCCCCUUCUCUGCCUCAGAACUUUACUGCGCCAACCUGGAACGCUUUCCCGAGUAACCAUCAAAACAGAACUUUUUCUCCGUGGCGACGCCUCCAGGAAGUCAGUCCUUGGGCAGGCGCCCCUCGGCAAAGGGGGUCCAGAUGGGCAGACUGCCCUUCAGCUCAACAGAGGGAUUAUGCAGCAACCGAAACUCUUUUACCCCCAGCAUGAGACGUACACCCCUCGGCCUUUAGAGCGACCAGACGGACAGUCAAACCGGCCCUUCCCGGCUUUUGUUCUCCCUGAAAACCUUGCCUCCGUAGGGACACCCAGUUUGUACCACCCCCCCAGCCAGGAGAAAGAGCUAUUUGCAACACCUCCGGCAGGCUUCCACAUGGCUCCGUGCGGGUGCUUCUUCGACCCCAGGAUCUACCGCAUUGAGUGGGCUACGGCCAACUUCGUCCAGCCCUCCGUGUACAAACUCCCUGGUGCGCCGGCCCCGCAAAACACCUACCUGCUUGACAGCCAGAAAUACCUCAAAAGCCCUGUCCAGCCAGUCCCAUACCCGCCCUACCAGCCGGUCGCCAGUAACCCCCCGUUCGUCUUGCCCUUCUUCAAGCCUGAGGGGCCCUCCACCAACUUGGCGGACCACAUUGGCUUCGUGGGGAGCCCUGCCCACGGCUCCCCCUUUGCAGAGGCGGUCUCUCUCCACGGUGAGGGCCCGGGGCAGAGCAAGGAGCGUAAGCUUCUCUCUGCACUCCCUCCUGGGCUGAACCCAAGCGAGCGGCCAGCCCUGGUGGCGUCAUAUGAGCCCCUGAAAGACUGCCAAGACUUGGCCUUCCAAGCUUUCAAGGACUUCCAAGCGGAUGAGGCAGACGACAUCCGGAACCCAGAUUUUGCAGAGGACCCCCCAGCCCCGUUGAACGCCUCUCCUGAAGAGCACCAGGCCAUCCUCGGUGUGCCGAGUGUGGACAUCAUGGCUGAAGCAGAGUCUUGCGUGGACCUGGAGAGCAUCAUCGCGGAUGGGAACGCAUUGAUAGAGGAGGAGGUGUCCUUCAACCUCCCAGAAAAGGUCCUCUUGGAGGAUGCCAUGAAGUUGUUUGACUGCUCCCCGGUGAACUCGGACACCGAGGCCUCGUUGGACGGCUUGGGCAAUGGACGCCACAGCCGGCACUGGGGAGACAGCCUGAGGGACAGUUGCUUCUCUGGCGAGGAUUCGACCAGUGACAUCCGGUCCCUCAACUUGCCCGACGAGCUGCUGUCUUUCGAUUACAGCGUGCCGGAAAUCCUAAGUGCGGUGACGAGCCUGGACUACCUCUAUGACGUGAACGCUUUUGGGGAGGAGUUGCAAUGGGAGGCCCGGCCGCCUUCGCAGCCCCCCCUGCAACACGAGUCCCACGUGGGCCUCGAGGAGAAAGCGAAGAGCGGUGUUGCCAAGAAAAACAAGCCUGCGGCCGGCCAGUCAAAGGCGGCAUCCGUGCAGGGAGGCGACGGUGAACCCCAGGGACAGGAUUCCACCCCACUGGGAAUCUGACCAGUGCAACUAAUCGGACAGGAGGUUGUGCCACUAGAUCAAGGAUGGGGACAGAGUUCCUGCCAUUUUGUCUAUUAAAAACACACAGAUAGCUUUUUAGAACUCGAACUGUGUGCCUGUCUCUCCGGGAGGACUCGCUAUGGUAUCUUUGCAAAGUUAAAACUGCAUGGAAACCUGGCUUUACGUCA